AUGGCUCGCUUGUCCGUUUUCUCGCUGCUCGCGGCCCUCCUCGUCGCCCUCGUGUUCGUCUUUGCCGGAUCGGCUGAGGCUGCCAAGGGCCCCGUCAUCACCAACAAGGUCUUCUUCGACAUUGAGCACGAUGGCAAGGCCCUGGGCCGCGUCGUCAUGGGCCUCUACGGCAAGACCGUGCCCAAGACUGUCGAGAACUUCCGCGCCCUCUGCACCGGCGUCGACAAGGACGGCAAGGAGCUCGGCUUCGGCUACGAGGGCUCCAAGUUCCACCGCGUGAUCAAGGACUUUAUGAUCCAGGGCGGUGACUUCACCAGCGGUGACGGCCGUGGUGGCAAGUCGAUCUACGGCGAGCGCUUCGCGGAUGAGAACUUCAAGCUCAAGCACACUGGCCCCGGUGUCCUCUCUAUGGCCAACGCCGGCCGCGACACUAACGGUUCGCAGUUCUUCAUCUGCACCGUCAAGACUUCGUGGCUCGACAACCGCCACGUCGUGUUCGGCCACGUCAUCGAAGGUCUGGACAUUAUCCACGCUAUCGAGCGGUUCCCCAAGGCCUCGGGCGACCGCCCCAAGCAGGACGUCGUGAUUGCCAAGUCGGGCGAGCUCGAGAUUGACCACGACGUGGACGAUGAGGGCAACCAGCUCCUCUCGGCCGAGUUCCAGCCCGAAUACACAGAAAACGAUCCCGUUUCGGACGCCGAGAAGGCGACCAUUGAUGCCUCUGAUGACGAUGAGGAGUACUCCACCAUCGCAUCUCCCUGGAUGUACUUUGCCGGCCUCGCCCUCUUCGUUGUCAUCCCCGUUGGCGCUUACACCUGGUUCUACCGCGGUGGGCGAGAGCGCUUCUUCAAGUCGAGCAGGGGCGUCUAUGAGAAGGUGAACCCGGCGUGA